UAACCAAGGUCUCGCGAUCCUCUCACCGGCCCUGCUAGCUGAGUGAUGUUUGUCCGCCAUCGCGGGGGAGUUUAGUCUGCGCUGAGUAUACCGGAGCCGGUAUUGCACUGUGGGUAAAGUCACAAACCCCUGUAGAGACAGGAGGGUUUUAAGUCGAAAGAGGCGCCUUCAGUUUUUCAACAGGCCGGGCCCGGGGCCUCCUCAAACCGAAACCCGCCCGGGGGAGACAAGGAGGGGCCCCGGGGCCGAGGGAGACUAAAAGCUGCCGAAAUGUCGAACCUAAGCAAAGGCACUGGCAGAAAGGACACCAAGAUGAGGAUCAGGGCUUUCCCGGUGCGUGAAGACGUUUUAAACUCUCUAAAUAAUAACUUCUUGCAAACGCUUAAUCAAGCUUGGAAUGACCAUCAGACUGCUAUGGUAAUGAUUAGAGAUAUUCUUAUGUACAUGGAUCGGGUGUAUGUUCAACAGAAUAAUGUUGAGAAUGUCUACAAUUUGGGUUUGAUAAUAUUUCGAGAUCAAGUUGUUCGUUAUGGCUGUAUACGAGACCAUCUAAGACAGACUUUACUGGACAUGAUUGCAAGAGAAAGAAAAGGAGAGGUUGUGGAUAGAGGUGCCAUUAGAAAUGCAUGCCAGAUGCUUAUGAUCCUUGGCCUUGAAGGAAGAUCAGUUUACGAGGAAGAUUUUGAGGCUCCAUUUUUGGAAAUGUCUGCUGAAUUUUUUCAGAUGGAAAGCCAGAAGUUUUUAGCUGAAAAUAGUGCAUCAGUGUAUAUAAAGAAAGUAGAGGCUAGAAUAAAUGAAGAAAUUGAGAGAGUGAUGCAUUGUUUAGACAAGUCAACAGAGGAGCCCAUUGUUAAAGUUGUGGAGAGGGAGCUUAUUUCCAAGCACAUGAAGACAAUAGUUGAGAUGGAAAACUCUGGACUAGUUCAUAUGCUGAAAAAUGGGAAGACUGAAGAUCUUGCCUGCAUGUACAAGUUGUUCAGUAGAGUUCCAAAUGGCUUGAAGACCAUGUGUGAGUGCAUGAGUUUAUAUUUGAGAGAACAAGGGAAAGCUCUUGUUUCUGAAGAAGGUGAAGGGAAAAACCCAGUGGAUUAUAUCCAGGGACUUCUUGAUCUGAAGAGCAGGUUUGACCGGUUUCUCCAGGAAUCCUUCAGCAACGACCGUCUUUUUAAGCAAACUAUUGCUGGUGACUUUGAGUAUUUUCUUAACCUUAACUCCAGGUCUCCAGAGUAUCUUUCCUUAUUUAUUGAUGACAAGUUAAAAAAAGGAGUCAAAGGACUGACAGAACAAGAAGUUGAGUCUAUUUUAGAUAAAGCGAUGGUCCUCUUUAGAUUCAUGCAAGAAAAAGAUGUGUUUGAACGUUACUAUAAACAACAUUUAGCCAGAAGAUUGCUCACAAACAAAAGUGUAUCAGAUGACUCUGAAAAAAAUAUGAUCUCCAAACUUAAGACCGAGUGUGGCUGCCAGUUCACGUCAAAGCUGGAGGGCAUGUUCAGAGACAUGAGCAUUUCAAACACAACUAUGGAUGAAUUCAGACAACAUCUACAAACGACUGGGGUUUGUAUUAACACCUGUUUGUAUACUCAGACAUUAAAUUCAGUUUUAUGCAUUGACAAUUCUAGUUUGUUUCUGGAACUACACUCCUAAAAUACACUUAAAGGA